CGCACUUCGAGGCAUUUUGAAAUGUUUUACACCAUCCUGGAUAGCCAUGAGCACGAGGAGGUCCGCGCUGUCGGCCAUAGCUUUCGUCGCCACAGGGCCUACUGUCGCUCCACGAAGUAUAGCGACGACUCGGGCGACGACUCGAAAAUCCCGCCGUGAUGAAGCUUACUUGCUCCUGUCAGCUUGCUUCCGAGAAUGCUCGAACAAGAGACGGAAUUCCUUAACAGCGUGUCACAGCCAACGCUUAUUCUGCUGCUUCGCAAGCAUAAGAGCAUCCGAACUGCCACGGGAUAUGGGCAAAAUACGCCGUCAAACCCGAGGAUAUUCGACCGUCAACGCCGUCACAACCUCGUCGACGGAAGCGGAUUAUGCGGAGUCGCCGGAGGCGCUACAAGUCACGGAGUAUCUGACUUCGGUCGAGAGUUGUGAAGAUGCGCCCCACCGGAUAGCAGCCGUAGAGGACCUCUGCGAGCUCCUCCGACAACCCACGCCGGACCCCGAUGUAGUUUACGCGAUCCUUCAAAAGGCUACGAGUCACACCGAACGUCGAGUCUAUCUCCCCAGGACUGUCUGGUCGGCUGCCAUCGAAGCCAUCGCGCGGUCCACGCCGCCGGAGGUCGCUCGAAAGCGGUUGUCAGCCGCAUUACGCAGCAAAGCCCGUUAUGGCUCACAUGUGACUGACGAUGACGUGCUUAUGUUGAGCGCUGCGAGUGCUCACCGGUUGAGCACCGCGGAGGACGUUGAAAACUUCUUGAUUGACGUGGGUCGAUCGUUUGACAAGCAGCUGAAUGUUGCCUUGAUCGUGCAGCUGAUGUGGGGUUUGCUGAGGCAAGGAAAGGCGGAGGAGGCUGGGAGAUUCAUCGGGGCGCAUGUUGACCGGAAGCGCAGGUUUGUCUGGAAGCCUACUUUUUUUCGGGAGGUCGUGAAUCAGCUUAUGGCUCUGUGCAAGACGCAGCAGGCGAUAUUGCUCGAAAAGAAAAUGAGGAGGGAGUUGGCAAUCUUGGAAACGAACAUGGAGAGUGUCCUGAGGGAGCUGAUCCUGUCGUACCGCGAGUCAGCCGGGCAUGGGGCGGUGACCACAGAGGACUACAAUAUUCUCGCUGUAUUAAAGCGACAUUCCAUAACGGGCUUUGAGGAAGCAGCCAUGUACUUAAGACAUAUGGGUGCGGACAAUUUUGUCCCAGACGCCCGCACGUUUGGUCAUCUCAUCGAUCCCCUCAUUCUUCUGGAUAAACCGAGCGACGUAGCCAAGCUCCUUGGGCUUGCCAAAAGGCGAGGUUUCGAGGAUGACAUCGCGCUAGAAGGCCAUGUUCUAUGGCUCUUCGUCCGGCAAAGCGAAGGGCAUGAACUGGCAGAUUGGUAUCAAGGCCGAUUUGCAGGCGCGCGGCAGGAACUGAUCCGUAAGCACUUCAGGACGAUGGAGCUGCUUCUCAACCGCCUUUUGCACCACGGGUAUCCCGAAAUGGCCGCCACAGUCGCCACCGACAUCCACCAGGCUGCCAAGUACCCCAGCAAGUACACCAGCGAGCGCAUCGUGGAGGAUCUGCUCGUUGUAGGCCACUUCGAGCGCGCAUACGAGUACUUCCGGGUGCUGACGGGAUCGGUAUCCGAGGACCUGAAGGACGCCGAAAGCUUACCCAUCACCGAACGCUUCUUUUCCGUCCUCAUCCGCGAAGCUACCAAGCGGCGCGCGACCAACGAAGCUAUUGCGGUGUACGACAAGAUGCGGGAGCUGGGGCUUCGCCCCUCGUGCAUGACGCUCACACCGCUGGUGGCUUACUGCUCCAACACGCGCGACGACGUCACCCUCGGGAGGGUGUUCCACAACAUGGAGGCUGACGGCGUGAUCCCCGACGAGGUCAUCUGCGCCGUUAUGAUGCAGCGGUAUAUGCGUGAAGGCGCAUACAAGGCCGCGGCGGGCUUGCUGGGCUUUAUGCAGCGCUCGGGGGUGGCCGUCACUCCGCAAAUCUAUAGCACGUAUAUGGGCGGACUAAUCAAGGCCGGGCGCGUGGACGCUGUGGCGGGCGUACUGCGGAGUUCUGAUCCCAAGCAUGGGUAUAGCUCACUGUUGGCGAACAACGCCCUCCUGAGGUCGCAUAUAGACGCGGGGCAUGAUGACACGGCCUGGGCGCUGUGGACGAAUAUGCGAGAGAACAGGGAUUUCAAUCAUGUCACAUUCUCUAUCAUGUGGCCGCUGAUGUUUAAGCGUGGCCUGGAGGAUGAUAUCCAGUUGGUGUUUCGGGAGCUCAUGGCGAGAGUGAUAGGCAGCGAUGGCGCCGUUGCAGAUGCCAGGAACCUAUCGAAGCCGAAACAACCGAAUCCCUCCCCACACAAGUUAUACACGCUCUACGACAUCAUGCUCGACAGAUAUCUCCAACACGACGCCUUACCCUCUGCGCUCGCCGUUUUCUCCGAAAUGAAGGAGAAACACCGCGACCUCGUCACCGUCAAAGAUUAUCUCGCCCUGAUUGGCGCCGCCGCCGCAUCUGAUGCCAACGGCGGAGGCGUGACCACGGCCCUCCAACUCUUCACCGAGGCACAAGACGUCCUUCCUCGCGUCGCGGAAGCUAAUCGCCUACCCAACCAUCUUGCAAAGCGAAGCGUCGUCCUCGCGCCGCUGUUUGAUGGGGCUAUCACGAGGUUGCUGAAAUAUGGUCACCGCGAUGAAGCGAUGCUGCUUUUCCACCGUGCGAAGGGCAGGAAGCUUUUCGACGGUCGUGUAAACGGUGUGGUGAUCUCGCACACGACGUACGCGGCUGUGGUGGCCGCGUAUUGUGCCGCUCCGCCUUACACCGAGCGCAAUGAUUUGGGAAUGGCGGUCAAGUACCACGCUGACGCCGUGCGCUAUUUUCCGUCCACCCUCGACGCGGACGCCAAUGCUCCCCUGAUCAUACCUCUUGUCAAGGAUUUGCUGGCUGCAACUACCGAUGCUGGCGAGAUUCCCGGAAACUCCAAGUUUGCACGGCGGAGACUGCAGGCGGUGGUAACGACACAUUUGAAGCACUUUCAAAAUCUGAGGUGGGAUGCGGCGGUGGCAUGUUUGAGCGCUUGUAAUCGCUCGAAGAUGUGGGAAUUCGGUGGAUGGAUUAUUGAGCGAGUCAGGGACGGAGGCGUUGAUCUGGGUGGUGAGCGGACACGACAACCAGCCAUACCCUUCAUCGCCGGGACCAGUCCUUCCGACAAUACCGAGACCCAGCCCGACCCCUUUCAAACCAGUGCACUCACGAAGCUCGGCAACACAGUGCUGGAGUUUUAUGCCAAACAAGGUCUGGCCAAGCAGAUGGAAUAUGCUUUUGUCGAGAUGCGGCAGGGAGUGUGGUUCGCAGAUACUUUCACUCGUACUCCUGCUGGUGGUGAUGCGUAUUCACCGUCGCCGCCAAGACCCAAUGAUACGAAUAUUCUAGCCUUCCAACCCGACACGGCCACUUACACGAUCCUGCUCGACGGUUAUGGACGCGCGCGCGAGCCGAGAAAUGCAUGGGAGCUGUUCAAGGAGGUGCUCCUGGUACCGGGUGUAGGGCCGUAUCCAGGCGGAAAAACCGCCACACAGCGCCUCGAAAGCAACGCCAAAACAUCAUCGGCUCUGGCCACCCACUCCCAAGUUCUACCGCUACCAACGCCGACCACCACUCCACUUGACGCUCGGAUUUGGGGCAUUGGGCACGCGACCGUGUCUGUGAUGCUUGACGUCCUCGCGUUCGCUAGGGAGGAUACCGCUGUACAGACAUUGUGGGGCGUGAUCACGGGAUAUAUACCAGUUAAGCAAAAGAAGCGGGAGGGAGACCCGAAUGGAGUGGAAAGGGAAAAGCAGCACAGCAUGCCUAUCCCCGUGGACGUGAACUGCAUAACAUCCUAUCUCGAGGCGUGUGUGCGGUGUGGACGCAUUGAGGGCGUUAUUGAGGUGUUGGAUCGCGGAACGGAAGAAGGCCGUGUAGCGAGCCAUAACGAAGGAUCGUCUUCGCCAUCGACCAACGACGCGUCUGACAACACCGUCGACGACACCAAAGUAGCCGCACCACCGAACACAGCGUACCCCUGGAUGGACGCCAAAACCCUCACCAACGUCGUCCUCCUUGUCCGCGCUGCCGAACUCAAUUCAAACAAGGUUGAGGUGUACGAAAACCGCUUGUGGGAUGUGUAUCGAAGGCGGUACCCGCACUUAUGGGAGGCCGUUUGGCAGAGAGUUGGGGUGUCGAGUCGUGGUGGUCGUCAUAUUGGAAUUGGAGUUGGGGUAGGUGACGUCGAUAGUAGAGGAAAGGAACGAGAGUCGAUUUUGCGGAAGGAGGGGGCGUGGAUCUUGCGGUGAACUGUGUCUGGCGGCUGUCUGGCGGCGUACGUACUUUCGAUAUGGCUACUCUCGACAUCAAAGAAUCAUGCGGUU